CAAAUGGAUCAUUGAUAACAACAGAUUAGAAAUUCCUAAAAAUCGUAAUUUUUUAAAUUUUUGCGUUUUUGCAAUAAUUCUAAAUAAAACGUGACAAGGCUAGUGCUCGCUUUGAAAUAUAACAAAUUCGCAAAUAAUUCACCGUCAUGACCACUUUGCGGCCUUUCACUUGCGAUGAUUUACUGAAGUACAAUAAUGUUAAUUUGGAUCCUCUAACAGAAACUUACGGUAUAAACUUCUAUAUGCAAUAUUUAGCCCGAUGGCCGGAAUACUUUCAAGUUGCUGAAGCCCCUAAUGGAGAAAUAAUGGGAUACAUCAUGGGAAAAGCCGAAGGCCAUGGGACGAAUUGGCACGGUCAUGUUACUGCAUUAACUGUUGCACCUUGCUACAGAAGAUUGGGAGUUGCUGCUUUGCUCAUGAAUUGGCUGGAAGAUGUAUCCGAAAAGAAACACGCAUACUUCGUAGAUUUAUUUGUACGUGUUAGUAACAAAGUAGCGAUUUCAAUGUAUCAAGCAAUGGGCUAUAUUGUGUAUCGAACCGUGUUGGAGUAUUACUCGGGAAAUCCUGAUGAAGACGCUUAUGAUAUGAGAAAAGCUUUAUCCAGAGAUGUAGACAAAGAAUCGGUGGUACCCUUAGAUCACCCUGUACGACCCGAAGAAGUGGAAUAACGAUGGUGAUUAAUUUUGUGAAAUUUUUGGGUGGAUUACUUCAUUCAUGUUAAGAAUAUUGAAUUGUUGACACAUGACAUCGUCUUAAAGUUAUGUUUGUAUAAAUUUUCUGUGAAAAAUGUCCAAUGUAUUACUUAGCUAACGCCGAUGUAUUGUAUCUAUUGCUUGUUUUUUGAAAUGUUUUUAAAUGUAAAUUCUCAUGUUUUAAAUACGUAAAUUCAGUUGUGAGGCUCAAGAGUAAAUUUUCAAAACUAAAAA